AUGAUGGUAACUACAUGUGAUACUGUUCGAGAAAAACGUGUAAAAAAUCCACGAAAAAUUUUUUCUCCAUCUGGAUCUUCUCAACCAUUACCAAGCAAUUAUUUGAUUUUUAUAUCAGACACAGAGUCUUAUUCUAUCGUAGGUCGGAGUAGUAUUAAGAAAAUUAAUGGAAAAAAAGCUACAUUAGUCCUUAAUAAAAAAACUUUUACUGGAGAAAUUAUAUGUUCUGGUACAUUUACUCAAUGUCAAGAAAAAAUGAAUGAAGUUCAACAAGCAUCACAACCAUUUGCAAACGAUGAAACAGCGAGUGAUAGUGAAGUUGAUGAAGACGAUUUUGAUCAUCAUGAUAAAAAUGAAAAUGAAUUUACUAUUGAAAUAAGUGAAGAUUAUAAUGAAAAUGAAGAAGAAUCAUUUAAUCGAUUUGAUAAAUCCAGAAACGAAUUGUUACGUGAAGAAUCUCGUGGUAAAAAACGACAAUCUACACAUUCUCAUUCAACAAAUGACGGACCUCGACAAAAAAAACAAAAACCACAAGAAUAUUCAACCGAACGUGAUCAAGAAUUAAAUGAUGAACCUAUGGUACAAUCAUCAAUCACAAUUGACCAACAAGGGCGUUUAAGUGAUGGAAAAUCAUUAAAAUUAAUCGAAAAUAAAAUAAAUGAUCUCAAUAAAAGCUUGGUCAAAAUGAGUAAUGCACUUCGUCAGAUGGCAUCAACGACACGAGCUGGAUCACAAAAUCUUGAUCAUUAUCGUGAUGCAAAUAAUCAAGAGAUAUUUCCAGUUACUGUGGAAUAUUGUGGUCGAAAUCUGCUUGAUACUAUUGGAACAGAUUUUGGUGAUUAUGCACGACAACUUAUGCGUGUGUUAUAUACAAAAGAUGAACUUCAAUCAUGUAUUCUUCCACCAGGCCGACAACAUCUUGCUCGACCACCACUUGAUGCUGAACGUUUUGCUCGAUUAAAUGAAGCUGUUCGUGUGAAAUAUCGACUAGCAUCUCAUUUCUAUGGUGACUUUUUCAAAUAUCAUUUAGGACCAAAACUCAGUGAUUUUCUAAUUGAAGAACGCCGUCGUGAUGAACAGAAAAAUCUUCGAAGACAAGCAAAAUUACCUUCUGUUGAUUUGGAACUUCAGCAGUUGAUCGAUUAA